AUGAUUCCCAGCAUCGAGGCAAACUCGCUGUCCGACAUCACACAAAUAGCUGGAAAUCCCCCGAAAUACCCACGGAACCCAACUGAAGCGAAGAGGCCACCCUUAACGUUGUACAUCGCUCGUGUGCCCGGGAGUAGAGAUAUUAUCCUCACGACUCUUAAGCCACGGCUAAAAAACGUGACAGCUGAAGAUGUUGCUUCCUCUCUGUAUUAUCUGCAUCUUGAUACACCAGACGAUGCCCGUCUUCUUGAAGAGGACCCAGGCAUCACAGCUGAAGAGCCAUUGUCCCCUGUUGCGAAUAAGCAAUUCCCACGCAAACCUCUUCCGGACUCUGCUAGAUCGUCAUUUGAUCUCGUGCGGAAACCGCUUCCAGAGUCUGCGAGAUCUUCGCUUGAUCUCAGUCGUCAGUUGACAGUCUCGUCACAACUGAGACGGAAGCCUGUUCGAUCUGAAAGUUCAACACUAAAGCCAUCACAAGUGCAUCAAAUCGAUGCAGUGAAUAGAGGGCCCUUGGAGCCGAGACCUAGCCAAUCAGAGUACUCAAUUGGGAGGAAACACUUGCCAGGAGCCGAAAACAGGCCCCUGAGCUCUUCAUCUCUGUCCCAGGACAGAGGCCAUCCUCCAAGGACAAGCACUGAUACUGCUACGUCUAGCGAUUUGAAUGAUGGAAACUUAGAGGCUCCCGAUAUUUCUUCUGAUGCUUUCUCCAUCACUCUUAUCCGUCGAGACCCUACAUCAGGAGCGCAAUGGAACAUAGGAAGCGUAACUGGCACACCCUCGCCCGACGAAGCACAGAUUCGGCGAGUCAAACCUUUAGCGCGGGUCAAGAAACCUUAUUUCGACCUGUCAGUUCACCUCACAACCCCUGGGUACGGCUAUUUCCGCCGUUCACAGACCACUGGUAGUGACUCGGGAGAUAAUGUAGCAGGUCCCAGAGCGACUGUGUCCAUGCCCAAUAAAGGGAAGUCACACGUGCACCCAGAAUCGAACUCUGGCUUUGAUCGACAGGUUCGCAUGGAAGGGUCCAGCUUCUGGAACCGCUCUUCUAUGCAGCACAAAAGAGCACUUUCUGAUAUCUCGGACAAUCACACAAUUACUGCACGUGGUAGAAGCGCAAGUGGGAGCUCUCCUGGAAGAGCACCGCACAUCCCUGCGGAUAUCGAGGAAUCGCAGUCUAAGGGCUAUGUAUUUCUCAGUCCCUGGGGAGGUCGAUGCAAAUUCUCAACAGGGCCAGGGGGCCGGUCCCUGCGGUGUAAACACAGCCUUCCGGGACCUGUAUCAGCAUUCAACGCGUCCGAUACAUCUUCCUCUUUACAGUCUUCGACGACUGUAAGUGAAUUGCGAUUCAACUUACCCUCCUCAGCUAUCUUCCAAGGGUUGUCUCCCAUGAAAAAAGGGGUAGAUGCUGGUCGGUUCAUUAUUCCCAAGCUCAAUCAUAUUCGGGAUAAACUAUCUAGUCACAAGAUACCUCAAUCAUCUCUUCCAUCCCGUCCACUUUCAAGUUACCAUGCAUCUCUCUACCCUAGUGGAGACGAAGAGCCGCCACAGCUUCCGCCUAGACCGCAUUCGCCAGCAAGCUCAAGCUACUCAACAGAAGAUGAUACGGCGCCUCCAAUCCCACGGAGGAGACACCCGUUCCCCUACACCGCUAAGCCGGCCAGCGAAGAAGACGAGGACUAUGGCCGUCUUGAUCUCAGUAUCGGCCAGGAGAAAGCAGGGGGUGGCAUCCGUGGAAAGCGCGUGAAACUUGGCAAGCUUAUCAUCCACGAUGAAGGGCUCAAAAUGCUGGACUUGGUAGUCGCCUCGAAUAUGGGAGUAUGGUGGAGUGUAUGGGAAUCACAGGCAACAGCGGCACACGGGGGACAAUGA